GCAGCCGUGACAUGGCCCGCUGCUGCCUGCUCCUGUUCGCCGUGGCUGCCUUCGCCAUCCUGGUGGAGAGCCGCCCGGCUGACACAGACACUGCUGACACUGGAUCCAGCAGCCCGGCGGAAGCGGAAGGCGACGCUGGGAACAACGGCUUCCACUUCAGCAGUGCGGUCCGAGAGCUCUUCACAGGUCUCCGCUCGGGUAACGCCACGCAGGACUCGCAGCAGCCGCACCACUCGCCGCUGAGCGCUCUGCGAGAAGCAGCGGUGGGCGCGAUCCAGCGCGCGAGGCAGCGAGGAGCCGAAGGCGACGGCGACGAGGGGACCAGCGCCUAA